AUGGGAGGCAGCUCCGACACCAUCGGCGUGCGGACGAGGCAUGACCGUGAGGAGGAGGAGCGCGACAGGAAGCUGAUGGAGCGGAUCAUGAAGGAGAACCAGAAUCCGUUUCAAUCACUCGUGGACCCCCUCCUGAAACAGGCUUCCUACGUAUACAACACCUACCUGUACUCCUCCGGCGUGAUGUUUCUCACGUUUGCAUUUUGGGGGGCGUACCCGUCGUUUGUGCGGUUCCGCCACGCACACAUCUUCCGCUAUCGGCGGACGCAGCUCUCCUUCCGCCGCGGCCUCUUUUCGACGGAGCACAUGCCAAAGUGGGACAAGAACCGUCUUCAGCGCAUUGUUGUUCCCCCUCUCCCAACAUCCGAGCAGCUGGCUGGGGGUUCCGCGGCCGCGUCUCCUGUGCAUCCGACAUUGUUUUCGUCUUCUGCUGCCACCAGCAAUGUUUCUGUGGUUGCGGCAGCAGCCACUGCCGUUACGGUGCGCGCCGCGAGUAACUUGGACAGGCGGUUCGAUCUGAUGGAGCUAUCUGCCACUCGCUCUUCGCACGGGAGCUUUGGUGCCGGGGACACGGAGAAGAGUGAGCGUGCGCUCAGUCGUGAGCUGCAGAGCAUCAACCAAGACUUCUUUGGUCCUCAGUCGCGUCGUUUUUACCGUCCCAUACAAGAAAAUGCCGCGACCGGCGAUCUUCCUCAGCGCCUCAAGGCAGCAGUGGCGACUGCCAAGGCUGUAGUAGUCCUGGUGGAGAACCACAGCACCGUUCGAAGUAUCCCGGAAGGGUGGGAGGUGUGGUGGGUGUCGGAGCCCGAGGCACGCCGUCGCCGGUUCUGCAAGUUCUGGCUUGGCGGCCUGGUGUGCGCGCGCGCAUUUCAAGACCUGAUGGACAUGCCGGAUAUGCCGGACUUUAUCAACUAA